CGGUUCCAUCGUCUCGGCCGUGGACCGGCGCAACCCCACUCCUCCCCCCGCACGGCGCCGGGCUCCGGCGAGGCCGCCGGCGUGUCGUGUGGGGGCACGGCAGGCUGAGUAAGAAACGGUGGAAUCUCGCCCGUGCAGGCGUGCACCCGCUCGUGCAGCCCAGCAGCGAGGGGUCAUCUCCAUCGGCCUCACUUCUCUCCCCCUCGCUGCUUCGCUAGGGUUUGGCGCCUCCUGCGCGCGCUCAGGUCGUCCUCGCUGCGCCCUCCUCCGCCCGUCGCGCCCUCCUCCCCUCGUCGCCCUCCUCCGCCCCGUCCUCCUCCGCCCGUCACCCUCCUCCGCUGCUCGCAAUCCUCUGCCCCGCCCUCCUCUGGCCGUCGCCCUCCUCCGCCGCUCGGCAUCCUCAGCCGCCCCCUUCUCCGGCCGUCGCCCUCCUCCGCCCGUAGACCUCCGAAAUCCUUUGCAGGCAAUUAUUGGUUUAGCUUGAACUGAAGAACAAAAGAAAAAAAUCCAGGACAGGAAUUGCCUGCUAGUAGCUGCAACAAUAUUGCUUGAUAAUUGGCCAUAGGACUUUGUAUUUCACGGAUUGUCUCUGUUUUGAGGAUCACUGCUGUUUCAUUACUCCCUCGCUUAUAUCAAACUGUACUUUUGGCUGGCAGUGUGUGGAACUACCUCUUAUGUUGUUUAUGCAAAUACUUAUGCUCACUUCUUGAUUAGAAAUGGACAGCAGCCGAGAUUCUGAAGAAGAAAGGAUUCAAAGGAAGGAUAAUGGUGAAGAAACAGAAAAUGGGGAAGAUAGUGGAAGUGCCUUGAGCCUCAAGGAUGUUGCCAAUGAGCUUCUUGGUUGUGUUGUCCAUAGUGAGGAAGAGGCAUACAAAUUGUAUUGUGACUAUGGGCAUAGAAUUGGUUUUAGUGUCCGGAAGGGUAAACAGUCAUACUUCAUUGGCACAAAGAAUAUUCGUACAAAGGAUUACUACUGCUCAAAAGAAGGGCUUAAGUAUGAUGAGCCUGUUACAGAAGCAAAUUUUAACCGCCCAGAUACAAGAACUAAUUGCAAAGCAAUGAUUCGCUUUAGAGUUGAUGAGAAAGGACGCUGGACAGUAAUACGCUUUACUCCCAUGCAUAAUCACCAGUUAGCGAAACCUGGGGAAAGACACAUGUUGAGAUCUGCGAAGUCGCUUGCUGUUGGAAAAUCAGGUGUCAUAGAUCCAGCAACAUCUACAGAAUCACAUUCAAUAAAUGGUUUAUCUCAUAUGAUAGAAAGUGAUAUUGUGGAGCCUCCUGGGUAUACUAUAAGGGAUUGCUACAAUCAUGUGAGCAUGCAGGGUAUAAUGAUAAUUGAGGCAGGAGAUAGCCAAAGUCUUGUGAACUAUUUCAAGCGUAGAACCAGUGAGGAAGGUAUGUUCUAUUGGGAUGUUCAAGUUGAUCAAGAAGGUCGUAUGACCAACUUUUUCUUCAGGGAUGCCAAAAGUAGAAAUGAUUAUGAUUGCUUUGGAGAUGCUGUUAUAUUUGACACAACCUACCGCACAAAUAAAUAUAGCCUGGUAUGUGCUCCUUUUGUUGGAGUUAACCACCAUUGGCAGAAUAUUGUUUUUGGAUGGGCAUUCUUGUUAGAUGAGUCCUCUGCUUCCUAUGUUUGGUUAUUUAAAUCAUUCCUCGAGUCAAUGGGUGGCCGGUCACCAAAGUCAAUUUUCACUGAUCAGGAUGAAGCUAUUGUGCAGGCAGUUGAGCAGGUUUUUCCUAACACACAGCAUUGCUUUUCAUAUUGGCAUAUUCUGAAGAAUGCACAGUCUCAAUUGGGCACGGUAAAUACCUCUCAAACAUUUCAAAAUAUGUUUAUGAAGUGCAUUCAAGGACCUGACUCAGAAAUGGAGCUCGAGGAAUCAUGGGCUGCGAUGCUAAAUGAAUUUAAGUUACAGGACAAUAACUGGCUUAGUGACCUUUAUAGGACCCGCAGUAGAUGGUGCUCAGCAUUUAACAAAGAUACUUUUGAUGGUGGGAUCAAUUCAUCUCAGUGGGGGGAAGUCUCAAAUAAUACACUCAAUGGAAUUUCUGAUGAAUCUACCUCUCUUACACGAUUUGCCCUUUUACUAGAAAAGGUUGUCAAGGCCCUACGUAGAAAUGAAUCCGAAGAGGAUUUUCGCUGUAGCCAAACUGCUCCAGUUCGUGCGAUUAAAUACAGUACAGUUCUGAAGCAGGCUGCAGAAUCCUACACACAUAAGAUCUACAAAUUAUUUGAGGCAGAAUUUCUAGAUGGUUGUGGAGCAACUUCAUGCCAUGAAAGUUCUUGCGGUGGAAACUUGUUGAGGUUUGAAAUUACUAUGCAAGGGAGGGGUUCAAAAGUCUGGACCGUUCUUCUUGAUACCUCCACUAUGGAAAUCUCUUGUGGUUGCAGAAAGUUUGAAAGGAUGGGUCUUCUUUGUUCACAUGCUCUGAAAGCCUUCAGCUUGCAAAAUGUGGACACAAUUCCUGAAAAGUACAUUUCAAAACGAUGGACAAAAGAUGCCAGGAGAAGCAUGUAUAAGCUUAGUCAAGAUGAUUCAACACAACAGGAAUGCACUGAGGCUGAACUUGCAUAUCGCAACCGGGCGACGCAGUAUGCAUGUAGCCUUAUAGCAAAGAGCCAGGAACUAGAAGAAUCAAGAAAGAUAUUCUGGGACACCCUUGAAACGGGAGAGAAAGCACUUGAUGUUUUCUUUGAAAUUAGAAGUUUGCGUAAUCAAACUGCAAAAGAUGUCAGUAAAAGGGACAAAAAGAAGAAGAAAUCAUCUAAAGAACCAAGCGCAAAAAAAGCAAAACAAACCCCAGCAGCUUCCUCAUCUGUACCUGUACUCGCUCAACCUAAUGAGCACCAGUUUCAAUCUGCACAAGAUGCUCAGGGUAACACAACAAUUGGAAGACCAUUUUACUAUCAGACCUUCUCAUCUACCCCAAUGCAACCAAACCAGAUCUACAUGCAUCCAAACAUGCACACGAUGCCUCUUUGUGCACCACAGGAUUUCUCAGCAUAUUCUGCAAUACGUCCCAAUUCGAAUUUUGGUGGUGCAAAGAAUGUUUGAAGGACAGUAAAGUAUACAGUUCCUGGUAUGCAUUUUUACGGGGAUUCAAAUUCCGUUCAUUGGAGGAACCAACCUGUGCUGCACUUCAGACCUUAAAUGCAGUAUCACUCAACUUCCAGGAAUCCACUAAGGUGCCUUUUGGAAAAUGCUGUCUGGACAUGAAUGCAGCCAACCACCUGGAUGAAUUUUGUCGACCUUUCUGGAGGUUUGAUGUUGCUUUUGCAUGUUAAUUUCUGGCACACGACUGUUGAUGGGUCUAGCUAUUCUUCUGGCCUUUGACGUUUCUGUUUUGUUGAAGUGGAAUCCUAGGGUAAAUUAUCCCAUUGCUACGCAAUCUUUUUUACAUAGUAAUCUCAAUUAGGUAUAGUUAGUAAUCUCAAUUAGGUGAUUGUAGGCUUGCAUGUAGUAACUGAGUAUGUUGUAAUGUGGGAUGUACAGGCCAGGAAAUUUAUCUAUGAAAAGGUUGUAACUGAGAGUAGUCAUUAGCUA